CAGAGUUCCUUGUUCUUUCUGAUCAACCUGACUUGGCAAGAUGUUUUCAAAUAGGAGGCGAUUCUGGGAAGGGUUCAAUCACCCCCUGGGUGAAUCUUCUCUGGAUUCUCCAGGCAGUGUAGUACUGCAGGCUCUCUAUGACUAUCAGUACAAAUCUGAAGAUGGGAGGCAGGUGAUCAUUGAGGAAGGGGAGCUCUUCCACCUUGUGCACAAGGCCAAUGAGGAUUGGUGGCAGGUGAAGCGGUUCGGCCAGCCUAAGCAGAAGAGGCCCAUCUUUGUCCCAGCAUCCUAUGUGGCUGAAGUGACCUAUGAUAAAAGAACAGGCCUACAGCAAAAUGUCAUCUUGCAUCCUGGCAUCCAUUCAGAAAAGGAUGGAGGUCCAGAAUGCUUGGAAAUGUCUCAUUCUCUGGAGGAUCUUUGGGUGCAGCCAUCCUCAUCAUCUUUCCACACAGAUCUAUUGUCCUGCCGCAACCUUUCUGCCAAGAUGAGAAUCCGCCAGCUGUCUCUUGGUAGGCGUCACAGCCUGAGUGCCCUGUCUCAGAUGAAAUGCAAAAGCACAAAGCAGUGGCAAAGUUCAGAGGAAGAGCUAGCAAGAAGUGAGACAUAUUAUAGGAUGUUGGAUGAUACUCCUCCGCCUCUCUUGGGGGAGAAGCCUCCAAUUUAUUACAAUCUGGAGGAGAUGAAGCAGUUACCAGCGACACCUCCUACCCCACGCAGCCCACCAUUACAGAUGCUGGAAGCCUGGGAACAUCACAUAGAUUCCAACUCCCUGCGUAGUUUCUACUAUAAGCCUACAACAGGUGAAAAGUCAUGGAAGCCACCCAGGAGGAGCCAAGAGAUGAGCUCGAUGCAGAUAGAGGGGAAUGAUCUCUCAGCUCCAGCAGAUCCUACUCCAGGAGCCAAUCUGGAUCGAACGGAAGGCAGAGUGAGUGGGGAGCAGUCUGGGGCUCAAAGUCUCCACAGAAAGCUGGGAUGUACCAAAUCCUUGAUGUUGCCAGCGAUACGGCCUCACAAGGGAAACCAUCGGCGGAACCAUUCCCAAUAUAGCUUCGAUGCCUGGUUAGGAGAAUAUUCUGUGCCAUCACCUACCAAUGGUUCCAUCACGGACAAUGCCGAACUACUGCAUAUGGUGGAGAAAUGUGGACAGCUGAACAAGACCAAGAUUGCUGAAGGAGGUCGGAAACUCAGAAAAUGCUGGGCAUCAUCGUGGCUGGUAUUAGCUGGGAAUAGCCUCAUGUUCUACAAGGACCCCAAGGUGACAGCUGCAUGGACUCCAUCUGGUAGCCGGCCUGAAAGCAGUGUGGAUUUGCGUGGGGCCCGUAUUGAGUGGGCCCGGGAUUUGUCCAGCAAGCGGAAUGUCAUCUAUUUUCGCACUGUGACUGGCAAUGAGUAUCUCUUGCAAUCAGAUAAUGAAACUGUGAGCCAGGACUGGUACCAGGCAAUCAAAGGGGUCAUCCACAGACUAGAUCAAGAGAACCCUCUGGAUGAGCCGCUUCUGUACCCACUCUAUCGGUCAAACAGUGCUGAGCUUGUGGAUUUGAGCUGGGAUGAUGAAGACGAACUUGGGGUCUCCAAGGGUGAAGUGCAAGCAGCCCCCGGGAGUCCUGGCAGAGUCUACAAGAAAAGGGUCAAAAGCAAGCUGAGACGCUUCAUUGCCAAGAGGCCACCCCUGCGAAGUUUACAGGAGAAAGGACUGAUCCGAGAUCAAGUCUUUGGCUGUCGGCUAGAAGCCCUGUGCCAGCGAGAAGGGGGCACAGUACCCCAAUUUGUACAACAAUGUGUGGAAGCUGUGGAACAGAGAGGAUUGGAUGCAGAUGGACUCUAUAGGGUCAAUGGGAACUUGGCCAUUAUUCAGAAGCUGAGAUUCAUAGUUGACCAUGAACGGGCAGUGACAUCCGAUGGCCGGUAUGUCUUCCCAGAGCAACGUUGCCAAGAGGAGAAGUUGAACCUGGCCAGUCCUCAGUGGGAUGAUGUGCAUGUGAUAACAGGGGCCCUGAAGCUUUUCUUCCGAGAGUUACCUGAGUCCCUUGUGCCCUACAGCUACGUUGAUGAAUGUAUAGCGUCUGUCAAGUUGUCCGAUCACAAGGAAAAAGUGUCAAAGCUUUCUGGGCUGAUCCAGUCUCUCCCUCAACCAAACCGGGACACCCUGCAUUACUUACUUCAGCACCUCCGCAGAGUGAUGGAUCACUCAGAUAUCAACCGGAUGACAACUCAGAACAUUGGCAUUGUUUUUGGGCCAACGCUGUUGCGACAUGAGCGAGAUGUAGCCAGCCUGAUAGAGGACAUGGUGUACCAGAAUCAGGUGGUAGAGUUGCUUCUUACCGAAUUUACUAGUAUCUUCGGGACAGAUGCCGAAUGAUUUUGUUGAUACUUCUUCUUUUUGAAUAUGGAUUACUUUAUUCUCAAGACAUAUGGGAUCACAAUGUUUUUUGAAGCAAGCAUUGGUACUGUGAAACUCUCUGCAUCAAUCACAGCAGCAUAAGUUACCAUCCUCUUUGGAAAAGAUAUUAUCUCUGCAUCCUCCUUCUCCGAGAUAUUUUUUUUAAGUUGCUCA